AUGUCGUCGAAUUUGUAUGUAGAUCAUUAUAAUCAAAAGAUUGAUUAUGUUUUUAAGAUUGUUUUAAUUGGAGAUUCUGCGGUUGGUAAGUCUCAAUUAUUGGCUAGAUUUGCAAGAAAUGAAUUUAGUUUAGAUUCAAAGGCUACAAUUGGGGUUGAGUUUCAAACAAAAACUUUGCUUGUUGAUAACAAAACCGUUAAGGCACAAAUUUGGGACACUGCGGGACAAGAAAGGUAUAGAGCAGUAACAAGUGCAUAUUAUCGAGGUGCAGUUGGCGCGAUGCUAGUCUAUGACUUAACAAAACGCCAAUCAUUUGAUCACAUGGCUAGAUGGCUGGAAGAACUAAGAGGUCACGCGGACAAGAACAUAGUUAUAAUGCUCAUCGCGAACAAAUGUGAUCUAGGAAGUCUUCGAGCUGUACCAGUUGAAGAUGCUCAAGAAUUCGCAGAGAGGGAGAAUCUUUUCUUUAUGGAAACAUCAGCUCUUCAAUCUACAAACGUCGAGGGUGCAUUCAUGACAGUUUUAACAGAAAUUUAUAAAAUCAUUAGCAAGAAUACGCUUACUGCAACUCCGGGAGCUGAUUAUGGGAAGUCACAACCUUUAAAGGGAACCAGGAUCAUUGUUCCUGGCCAGGAUUCGGAUUCUGGUGGGAAUAGUGGUGGCUGCUGCAUGUCGUCCUGA